CGUCUUUACCUUUUUCACCCCCGCACUUCCAACUCAGUCCAAUUUUUUUUCCUCUUCACAGAAGAAAAGAGAUUAGGAUAUUUAUCUCGCCACCCCACCUGCACUUGCUUUAUUCAUCCACUCUCACAGGAGCAAAUACCAAUGGAUAGGCUGGUUAUUUUGUUGCUCGGCAACGGUGGCCGUGAGCACACCAUUGCCUGGAAGCUGGCCCAGUCUGACCGUGUCGAGCGUAUCUUUGUUGCCCCUGGUAACGGCGGAACUGCCUCUGGAUUAAACAAAGUCGAGAAUGUCGACAUUGGCGUCGUGGACUUUGCAGCUUUGACCAAGUUUGCUGUCGAGAACAAUGUUAAUUUUGUCAUUCCUGGACCCGAACAACCUUUGGUUGAGGGUGUCACCGCCGUCUUCCAGAAGAUCGGUAUCCCCGUGUUCGGCCCUUCGUUCAAGGCAGCACGCAUGGAGGGCUCCAAGACAUUCUCGAAGGACUUUAUGAAGAAGCACAACAUCCCCACUGCCGCAUAUGAGAACUUUACGGACGCAGCAGCUGCAAGGGAGUUCAUCCGCAAGGCCGACUUUAACGUAGUCCUCAAGGCGUCCGGUCUGGCUGCCGGAAAGGGUGUCCUCAUCCCUGCAACCAAGGAGGAAGCUUAUCAGGGCGUGGACCAGAUCCUGGUCGACAAAGUCUUUGGCGAUGCAGGCAACGAGUUGGUCAUCGAGGAAUUCCUUGACGGUCAAGAACUCAGCAUCCUCGCCUUCUCGGACGGAUAUACGGUCGUCCCCCUGCCCCCUGCUCAGGACCACAAGCGUAUCUUUGACAAUGACCAGGGCCCCAACACUGGCGGCAUGGGCUGCUAUUGCCCCACUCCCGUCGCCACCCCCGAGGUCCUCGCCGAUAUUAAGCGCACGAUCUUGCAGCCCACAAUCGACGGCAUGCGUCGUGAUGGUUUCCCCUUCGUUGGCAUUCUCUUUACCGGCAUCAUGUUGACCAGCGCAGGCCCCAAGGUUCUGGAAUACAAUGUUCGCUUCGGCGAUCCUGAGACCGAGGUUGUCCUGCCCCUCUUGAGCGAUGACACCGAUCUGGCCGAGGUUAUGGUCGCCUGCACAGAGGGUCGUUUGGAUUCGGUCCGUGUGGGCAUCAAGCCUGGCUUUGCUGCCACGGUCGUGGUCGCCUCUGGUGGUUACCCCGGAAAGUAUGCCACGGGCAAGAACAUUACGCUUCAAGAGACAGAGCAGGAUGUGAUUGUCUUUCACGCAGGCACGACAUUCAAGGACAACAAACUCUGCACCUCUGGAGGACGCGUCCUGGCCGCCACGGGAGUCGCCAAGGAUUUGCGCAGUGCCGUGGAUAAGGCUUAUGCUGGUGUUAAGACCAUUGCUUUCGAGGGUAUGUUCUUCCGCCGCGAUAUCGCUCAUCGCGCCUUUAGCUUCCUCGCAGAGCAGAGUGCCAGCGCGAACCAGAUGACAUAUGCGCAGGCUGGUGUCUCAAUCGAUGCCGGAAAUCUGUUAGUGCAGAAGAUCAAGCCCUUGGUCAAGGCGACGCGUCGUGUUGGUGCCGAUGGCGAGAUCGGAGGGUUCGGUGGAUUGUUCGAUUUGAAGGCCGCGGGCUUCCAGGACCCCAUCUUGGUCUCGGCCACUGACGGUGUGGGCACGAAGCUGAAGUUGGCACACAUGACCGGAAUCCAUGACACGAUCGGAAUUGAUGUCGUUGCCAUGAACGUGAACGACUUGAUUGUCCAGGGCGCCGAAUCAUUAUUCUUCUUGGAUUACUAUGCGUGUGGCAAGCUUGAGGUCGAGGUUGCCAAGGAUGUGGUCAAGGGUGUGGCCGAAGGCUGCUUGAUGGCCGGAUGUGCUCUGGUUGGAGGCGAGACCUCGGAGAUGCCUGGGCUCUAUACUCCUGGCGAUUACGACCUUGCAGGCUUCGCCGUCGGUGCCGUCGAGCGCAACAAGAUUAUCCCACGCAUGGAUCUGGUCAAGUCCGGUGAUAUCCUCUUGGGUCUCACCUCCUCGGGUGCACACUCGAAUGGUUACUCGCUGAUCCGCAAGAUUGUCGAGAAAUCUAACCAGGAGUUGCACUCUCCCUGCCCUUGGGACAAGACCAAGACCCUUGGUCAGUCUCUCUUGACCCCCACUCGCAUCUACGUUAAGCAACUCUUGCCCGUCGUCCGCAAGGAUCUGGUCAAGGCCAUGGCUCACAUCACUGGUGGUGGAUUCAUAGACAACAUCCCUCGUGUCUUGCCUAAGGAGCUCGGUGUUGAGGUUGAUGCCUCGUCCUGGCCCUUCCCUGACGUAUUCAAGUGGAUCAUGGCCACUGGCAAUGUCCCCCAUCGCGAGAUGGCCAGGACAUUCAACUGCGGUAUCGGCAUGGUGUUGGUCGUGAACUCCGAGGAUGUGGAGGAGGUCACGCGUCUGUGCAGAGCCGAGGGUGAGGUUGUCUACCAAAUCGGUGUCCUUAAGACCAAGGAAGAGAACCAUGGCGAGGAGGUUGUCAUGCGCAACAUGGAGUCAAGCUGGGUUGCUUAAAAAAAAAAAAACGAACAUCCAUAAGAAACACAGAUACACACAUACGCACGCCUAUCAACAUCCAUUCUUCACUUUCUCCCAUUAUAUACACACAAAAUCGAACGAGCGUGGCAACUGUAAUAUACAUAAAACAUCAAGUAUUUUUUUCAUAAAGGCAUGCAGCCUUGUUAACG